AAGAAACCGGAAGUGUGAUUGUUUUGUUCUGUAGAAGGUGUUAUGGCGGCGCCAGUGGAGGGAAUUUCAAAAGUGAGCAGAUCCUGCUAAAUAGAGUCAAUCUAACCUCAUGUAUUAACAGUGAAAACUACAAGAAACGCGUGAGCUCUGCUGUCAUUCGGGGCGCUUCCUCAUAACAGUAAACGGAGAAUAAACGAAAUGAUUGAAUUUGCAUAGCUUUAGUUAACGUUAGCUAGCUAAUUCGCCAAACAAACCCUAUAACGUUAGCUGGCUAGUAGUAUAACAAGUAAAGUUAGCUGGCUAACUGACUGGUGAACUUUCUAGAAUGUCUGCUGUCGUCGUUAGCUAGCUAGCUGGCUGUGUGCUGAAAGCUCCCACUGAAUGGAAUCUAGCCAGAGAUCUAACGUUAGCUAGAUAACGUAACAUCGUCAUAUCUGGUUGGAAGUGUAAAGUUAACGUUAUUCAACCAACACUACAGAUCCAACAAUGUAACAGAGCCGUCGCCCAAAGAUAAAGACCCAGACUGGUGACCUAAGAUGACCAGAGUAGGUCCCCUACAGCAGCGUCCUCUAGCAGGGUGCAAUGACCCAGACAUCCGACUGGUCCCAAUGCCUGCCCCGGUGCCCCUGGUCCCCGCUAGCCUCCUGCGGUGCCCGGAACUGGACCUGUCUCUCCCCCUCAGCCCAGACCCACCACGACCCAACCCAGCUAGCCUGCUGAGAGGACGCAGCCACCGGCAGGUGCGAUUUGCCUCCGAGGAGCCUGUGGUUGUCACGGUGAUAGCAGAGCCUAGCAAAGACCCUCCACCUUGGCAAUGUCCUGGACACUCCAGCAGUUACUCAAAGGGGAAAAGACUCCAUGGUGGAGAUCUGUGUUGGAGGGCAAGGUCAGCAACCAAUGAGGAGGCUCCCUGUGAGGAGAGGGGUGGCAGCCUCCCUGAAGGGGCGGAGUUAAAUACUACUCUGGCUCUGAGGGCUGAGCUAGAUAACGUAGCAGGGGCAGAGUUUAACUCCCAGAAGGCUGUGCAGGAGCAACUACAGAAGUCAGACAGAACCAAGAACAGCAUCAGCGCCCGGGCUACAGAGGGGGUGAACGUCCCUCCAUCCCAGCACCUCUACAGGGCAUUGGUCAAUGUGAAUGUGGAGGAGGAGGAGCUUAUCAGCCAGGCUCUACGUGACAGGCUUCAGCUGGUCUCGCCCACAUGCAGCCAUAGCAACAAGAAAGAGGACAGUCCUGACCUGCAGGUUUUCUUCAGGGGGGAUCUGCUGAGAGAGAAGCCCCUCCUACCAGGGGAGGAGAUUACCAUACCACGCCCCCAGCCCAUCCCACGCCCCGCAGACACAACCUUCGACCUCUACCACAGACACACAUGCUGGGAGGCUGGACCCUGACACACACUUACUCUGAACCUCUAGACUGAAAGGCCCUGUCCCAAAACUUAAGAAAAGUAUUAUCCCUUCUUUCCCUCCCUACCUCCGUCAUUCUCAGAUAUAAAUAUUAUAUUUUAAACUAAUUUAAGAUAUUAAAGGAAUAAACCUGUA